AUGAGGAAUCUUAGGAAGACCCUUCUCCUGAUUCUAUUAAGUUUCAGUGUCCUCAUCGAAAAUUUCAAGCCGGUUUCAGCCGGUUUGUGUUUGGCCGGGACAACACUUGGUACAAUGUGUAUGGUUCCACUCAUGUGGAGGGGUUUGAAACAAAUCGGUUAUUUUUUUGCGUCAAUCGAUUAUGCUUGUAGAGUAAAAUCGGGAAAAUAUCAGAAAUAUUGUACAACUGAUGAUAUUGUAGCAAAUAAAUACGUGAAAAUCAACCUCGCUAGUAAUAAUCAUGGCAGGUUUAUAACAGUCACAGAUUUAGAUGAUGAUACCAAAAAUGUGAGAACGCAAAUCAAGUUGUAUAAUAUUAAAUCUACUGAUAAAGAAGAUUAUAGUAAUUAUACAAUAGGAUGUGUAUAUUUUUAUUGUAGAAAAUUGCAGUGUGACCUUAAAUACACCUACAGAACAGUUUUAACAUAUGUAGAUGAAAAAAAUCGGAAAUGCAUAGAAAUAGAAUCAUUCAACGAGAAAGGACAUAGAACAAUGAGGCGUGUUUUUAGAGAGAGAAGUUGUUUUUGGUGGUAUGAUAGAAUACUCAAUGAAAAGGAGACAUUGUUAAAAUCAGUUAUUGCUCUCAAUUGGCUCAAAUUCAAUACUGACAAUACUGUAUUUAAACUAAAUAUAAAUGUUCUAUCGCUUCCUCCCUUCAUAAAGAGGGUUCCUUUUUCGAAAGGUGAGUAUUAUUAUAUAAAUGCAGAAAGUUCUAAAAUAACUAAUUUGGAUGAGGUCAUAUUCUCAAGCACACCUUACAAGCUUAGAGAAAAUUUCAAAGAUUUAAUUGUUUGGCAUUAUUUUACUAAAAAAGAUGAUAUUGUAAACACAUCUUACGUUGUAAUUUGCCAACUUAUAACUGGCGGCUGGACUUGUAGUUAUCACAAAUGUAUUUCCCAAAGUCCAAUAGAAUUUAAAAGUUAUGAUUCAUUUGCCAUCCCCCUUGACCAUAAUGUUAGUAUUGUUGAUUCAACUGUUUCCAAUAGAAAUUCUAACAAAUUUAAGCUAACAUUUGAUUUAAAUAGUAAAAAUGUACCCGAUGAUACUAUGAAACUGAGUUUACACCUGUACACACACUCAAACCAUUACACACUAAGGCCAAAGGAAUUAAACACUACCAACUUAAUAGAAUCUGUAAAAAUUCAUCAUUCUGGAGGUACCACAGAAUUAAAACACGCGGUAAUGGAUAACUUCCGGCUAUUAAGUGUUAAAAAAUAUGGAGAUGAAUAUUUCCUAAGUUUUGCGGCCAUAGGUUAUGAAACUCUUUUAUUUAACACUAUAAAUGUGAAGAAAUUUAUCGAUUUCACAACUGAAUGUAAGACAAUCGAGUGGUUUUACGAAACUAAUACCAGAGCUCUUAUGGAAAAUUUGUUAUCUCCCCAUUAUAUGGCCUUUUCGUUCCUUAACAAGGAAACAGUCUCAGAGGGCCAAGGACCAAAUGUAGAAAAUUAUCCGAAUGUAGAAUUUAUUGACUUAGAUUUAAAAAGCUUGGAUAAGAAACAUAUUUUAGCUGCAAAAUACAAUAAUCACGUAACAGUAUAUUCUAGUUUGUACUUACGCUACAAAGUAUUUAAAAAGCUUAAAUUAGAUUCUCAAACUUUUGACAUAACUUUUGAUUUCAACUCUCAAGUUUUUUAUUGUGAACACCAAAACUCAAAAUUUGUAGUCAUUUCUCAUAUAAAUAAAGAUUUAACAAUAAUUAAACAAAAUGCUUCAAAUCUGUUUGAAACUACUCAAAUUAAUAAAAUGGAGCAAGCAAUUUCUGAUGUAGACUUAAACACUGUUUUAAACCUUCAGAUUGAAAAUGAAUGGACAAAUAUCACAUUAAACAUGAACGACACACAUAUUUCUGAUGACAUUGAGGUGUUAUUACCAUCUUAUAAUGUCUCAAUUUUUAAGACUCACUAUGGGAAAAGAAUUGGAAAAGUUGUUACUAAAAAUCAGGAAUUUAAGAUUGAAAAGGGUUGGGCUUUGGUCUCUAGAAUAGUGUACAUGGAACAUAUUUUACUUUUAAUUGAUACGGUACUUGAAAAUGAGAUAAGAAGAGAACUGUAUAAAAUAAACCAUAACAAGAAUAACAUAUUACUAAUGUCUAACACUAAGAUAAAUUAUUCAGUAAACAAGUUGAAUAUAGAGAAUAUAGAAAAGAUGUUAUAUGAUUCUCUUCAUAAUUUAUAUCCAAAUACUUUACCUGUCAGAAUAAAUUUCGACCACCCUAAAAAUGAUGUGUCCGAAUUCGACAUUGAUAAUUUGACAAUUUUCCAUUCAAACAACGAUUUAAUUCUUAACCCAGGUGAAUUGUCGGUUUAUGACAAUUAUUAUAAAGUUCUUACCGACCAUAAAUGGAUGCAAGUUUUUAGAUUAAAGGAUGCACAAGGUCGAUACCUUUACAAGGCUUUUAUGUUAGCUGAUAAAAGUAUGUAUUCUUUCUAUUGUCAUCAUGAUGAUCAUGGGUGUAAGGAAUUUAAGCGUAAUAACUAUCACGAUGCUACCAUAAGUAAUCAAACCGCCGAAAUCCCUUUACUAAUCGAAAGUGUGUAUUUACCAGAUGUUUCCGUAACAAAAACCAGAGUUGGUACAAAAAUUAUUACAAUGUAUAAAUCUACUUCUAAGUUAUUAAAUCCUAUAAUCUUUGGGAGGCAUGAAAUCAAGCUUAUUGGUAAUUUUUCAAGUGUAGAAGUUACUAAGUCUCUUAACGAUAAACUUUUUUCAGUAAGUAUAGAAGCGUCUUUUUCUGAUGGUAAAAAGGGAACUUUGACAUUUACUCAAAUUUCACCCAAUUCAGAAGAUUAUAAGCUUGGCGAUGAUCCAAAAAUACCAUUCAUUGAUAAAUCAGUUGACAUUUUUGAGCAAACAAUUAAUCAAUCUCAGCAGGAAGUUUUAGAUUUUAAUGAAGAAAAAUAUCCACUAGAUUUAAGGUAUAUGAUAUUGAAUGAUGAUUAUUACUACUUUACGGGAUACACUAGAUCUAAGAAAUUUGAAAUAAAGUUUGGUGAACAGACUCAUACUAUUAACCGUCAAAAUACAAGGUAUAAUAUCUGGGUCAGAUAUCCCUACAAAAAUGUUAGCACUUGUGUGUUUUUUAUGUCAUACAAGACCGAAGACUCACUGAAAACUGUGUCACAAAAGCAUGAUAAUAAUGAUUCUAAACAUCAAAUUAAAAGACCGAAUAUUCGGAUUAAUUGGGGGAUACUUUCGAACUUGGAAUCAUUAGUGGUAAACCGAAAUUUAUUAAGUAUGGUAGGAUACAAAGAAGAGAUUUUCCCAGUAGAUUUACAGAUCGAACAAAGUGGAAUGGACAGUUCAAUUUUAAAACUGAAAAUAGACAACAAUACGAAUGUUUACACAACGAUUUCUAAGUCCAAACGUGUUAUCAAUAACGUAAAGUAUAAAAAUGUUAUUAUCAAGGGAGUUCCCAAACAACUGGCUAAACAUGUCUUUGAAUCCAAAGUUAAUAAUGAACUAUUAAUAGUAAUCGCAACUAAAACUGUCAACAAAUCUAUGGUAAACGCCUACAAACUCAUGAAUGACACAUUUGAAAUUCUAGACUUGAAAGAUAUUGACUAUGUAUCGCACAAAGGACUUGAAAUUUUCAAAUGA